AUGAUAGAUACAAUAUGCAGUUAUCCUCCGCCAGCACUCGUCGGUUCUUCACAUUAUAGAUAUGUGGAGUAUAGACCUGGAGGAACCCCAGGACCGAAUAUAAAUACAAAUACAGAUUCCUACGAAGCGCAAAUAGCUAAGAACUAUCAGGAUGGAGAGGCUUCUAAUAUGUCUCGUAAUCAUACGGCGCGUGCUAGCGGGGAGAGAUAUAGUGAUUCUUAUCCGGCGGUGUAUAGUCAGGGAGUAUCUACUACGUCGAAUUCAUAUGUCGAGGAGCAAAUGGCGGAAUUUUAUACUGGAAGGGGAAGGGAACAGGUGGAGAGGAGUGGUAUGCAGGGGAGGGGGAGGAGUAAGAGUAGACGUGAAUUAGAAGAAACGGGAUAUGCGUAUAGGUAUUUGUCAGAUGGAGAGCUUAUUCGUAGGGUAAAAGAAGAUCAUUUGAAGAGCUAUGGUAAAUAG